AUGGCACUGUGGUCAUCAAUGUUUAGCAACUACCCAUUAAUUUCGGCCAUAGUUGCUUUCGCCACGGCUCAAUCAAUCAAAUUCUUAAUCGUCUGGUAUAAAGAAAAAAGAUGGGAUCCAACGCAAUUAGUUGGAUCGGGUGGAAUGCCAUCUUCUCAUUCAUCUACCGUUACUGCUCUUGCAACAGCAGUUGGAUUACAUGAAGGAUUUGGAGGAGCAGCUUUCGCUAUUGCAUUGAUUCUAGCAUGCAUUGUGAUGUAUGAUGCUACAGGUGUAAGAUUGCAUGCAGGACGGCAAGCAGAGGUUUUGAAUCAAAUAGUAGUCCAACUUCCUGCAGAACAUCCGCUAGCUGACAGUAGACCUCUUCGGGAGCUUCUUGGGCAUACCCCGCCUCAGGUCUUUGCCGGUAGUUUACUUGGAAUCAUGAUAGCAGCAGCUAUUGGCCAUCUAAUAAACCAUAACUAGUAUUUCUCUUUUCUUUUGAAAAUUAAUAUAAUUGAUAGCAUGCUAUGCAUAUUGGCUUUUACCUAAAUUAGUUAUGGUUUUUUUUAGGACAAUU